AUGUCCAGCACCAUUAUAUCGUCAAAAUACGCCGAAGAGCUUUUGUUUGACGAUCAUAUCCCCAUCCUCGCAUUGAGACCACUGACGGAUGACGAGUUUUUUCACAACAUAUCACUGUCACAUAUUCGGAACUCAAAGAUCAAGCGACCAAACCUGGAAAAUAUCAAGUCGCAUUUGUUGAGGGAGGGGUUGUUGUCAGAUUUUCAAGCCUUCUACCUUUGUGAAUGUGUUUUAUCGAUAUUCAAGGCAGAACCCAAUUUAUUGAAACUACCAGCGCCAAUUAAUAUAUGCGGCGAUAUCCAUGGCCAAUUUUACGACAUGAUUAAGAUCUUUUCAGACGAGGUCGGAGGAGGUCUAGGAUCAUCCUCUGGCAGCGCAGAAGAUGGGGACGCUUGCUCGUCCACGGAAAAGAAAUACUUGUUUUUGGGCGAUUAUGUUGAUCGAGGCCUGUUUUCCAUGGAGUGCCUCUUUUAUUUAUUUUCUCUGAAAAUUACAUUUCCCGAUCGGGUUUACAUGCUUCGAGGAAAUCAUGAGUCUGCCCACAUGACUCAGUAUUUUACAUUUCAGAACGAAUGCACGAGAAAGUAUUCACAUCUUCUGUAUACAAAGCUACUUGAAAUUUUCAAUGCACUUCCAUUAUGUGCAGUUGUAAAUAACCAGCUGUUUUGUGUUCACGGUGGGAUAUCUCCAUCAUUAAAGACCUUAAAGGACAUUGACAAGAUUGAUCGCUUCCAAGAGCCGCCGUCAAGUGGUUUGUAUUGCGACUUGAUGUGGUCCGACCCUUCUGCCACGUUUGAUUUUGACUCGCCAGAAGGCGAAAAGUUUAGUCCUAAUCGUGUUCGCGGUUGCUCUUACAUUUACCACUUCAAAGCUGCUAUGGAAUUUUUGAACAAAAACAAUCUUCUGUGUAUAAUAAGAGCCCAUGAAGCACAGUCUGCAGGAUUUCGAAUGUACAAGACAAAUCCGACCACCAUGUUUCCCGCCGUAAUUACGCUAUUUUCAGCUCCAAAUUAUGUUGAUGUGUAUAACAACAAAGCUGCGAUCAUGUAUUAUGAUGGUGUUACAAUGGACAUCCGGCAGUUUUCACAUAGCCCUCACCCGUAUCACCUGCCAAAUCUUAUGGAUGCAUUCUCGUGGUCCAUGCCAUUUGUUGCACAGAAGAUCUCAGAUCUCUUUUUAGCAAUUUUGACGAGCGUUGCAGAUUCGGAUACGCUUGCUGAAAUAUAUUCCGACACCGCUAACCCCACAUUUGAUGAUGGUACCUUUACCUCUGACCAGGACCAGAUUGGUAAUUACUUUGCAAAAUGUGCUGAUUUCAUAGACAAUUCGGAACUAAAAUCAAGUCCUUUGGUUCAUAAGAUAAGGGCCGUUUCGAAGCUGAUUAGGACUUAUAAUUUGUUGAGAACUGAGCGGGAGUCUAUCAUUGAAUUAAAGGCUCUGAUGAGAUCUGAAAAGCUUCCGUGUGGUACUCUUGCACUUGGCGCAGAGGGAAUUCGGCAAGCAAUUUCGUCCUUUGAUGUUGCAAAACGAAGCGACAUUGAAAACGAGCAUGUUCCUCCGGAGGAUGAACAUGCAACCUCGAUGAGACAGAUCCUAACGCCGUUUGAAGUUGAAAAGGAAAUGUCAAGCGGAAUACAUGUCAAUGACGAUGAGAAGGAUUCCAGAAAAAGAUCCUCCGUGCAGUUAACGGAAGCGGUGGUACUUUGUGAUCGGGGUGAAAUCACAGGAAGGUCGGAUAGCGUGUUCAUUCCCCCGGUCAUUAUUAACAAUGCGUCCUCCGGUGUCGCGGAAAACCCAAAAAACUUUAUAUACGAGGAUGGCGAAAUCGAAGAGCCACUGGAAGAAUUUGAGCCAAGAAUAUCUUCUGUUCAAAAAUUUUUAAAGUCCAUGUGUGGAAGCAGCGUAAAAUUUCCAGUUGUUUCUGCUGCCACAACCAAUUCUGGACAUGUAGAUUCUUCUGCCGCCAAAAAAACCCCCCAAAAGGGACAUGCAUCUUUUGAAAAGUAUCGGUCAUUAAUUAGCAAAUAUAUUGAGACAAAAUUUCCCAAAACACCCAAGUAUCCCAAAACAUCCAGCAUCAAUGCCACUUUUCCUUUCAAAGAGCUAAGCUUUCUCGUUAGUUCGGUUAUUUCCUCCUCAACCUCCAGAUCUGAUGAAACAAUUCAUGCAUUCAUCUACAAGCAUAGCAUUGUGGACGACGAGUUUAAAUUGAAUGUCCUCAAUAUCUUGCUGGCACAACUGUUGAACCUUGAGAAUUGUCUCAAAAAACCGUCAACUGAAGGAGAUGCACCUUGUCUUAUUUCAGUUGCCAAAAGAAUAAUAUCGAUCUUGCUUGUUUGCGCUGCUAAGGAGUCAAAGUCCAGCAAAGACUCAAGCUCGACAACUCUUAGGAAAGCAUACACUCAUUGCUGGGGUAUUCUUUGUAAGAUUUUGUUUUACUCGAGAUGCCAUUUGCCGCUAUUCUGGUCCGAAAUCUCACUGCUUUGCUUUAGUAUUCUUCCUAGAUACGCCCUUACUCAAAUAGACAAUCCCGGUCAGUUUAUGGAUCUUUUAAAGGAUGUCACUGAAAAUGUGGCAAAAACGGGCGAGCAUGUGCUAUUUGUCUUGGCUCUCGACUCGCUUUUAGUUCUUGUUACUAAAUUUCGACUGGAUGUUCCCAAUUUUUAUUCGUUGAUUUUUAUGGCAAUGCGAUGGCUGGGAGAGCCCCGCAUUUUUCGCAAGCUUGACAAAAGGUUAUCCUUGUUUGGCGAGAUAAGCGAUGUCGAGGAAGGAAUUUUUUGCUCGCUACCAACACCUAAAGCCACGCUAUUUACGUUGCUCGAGAUUUCCUUAAUCAAAACGGCAUCUGUAUCUCUUUCAUCUGCUACGCUGCCUGCUGCCUUUGCCAAAAGGGCCUCGCAGUUGUUGCUGGUGGCUCCCGCACCCACAGCAAUGUGGCUCAUUCCUUUUAUUUAUGAAUUGAUACAAGCACAUUCGGGAUUGAUCCCGCUCAUACACAGGCCUGAUUCCAAGCAAAUUCCUUAUGAGUUUGUCGAGACCGAAUCAGAUCCUUUGAUGAGCACUGCAAUAAACUCUUCACUGUGGGAGUUGGACAUGGUCAGAUCCAGCCAUAUUAAUGCUAGCGUUUCGGCGUUUAUUUCUAUUUUUUCUACACAACAUUUCAAAAAACAUUCAGGCACCCCGGUAAAGCGGUUCCAACUAUCAAAGUACCACGAUAUUUCAUAUGCUUCGAUGGCUGAGGAGUAUUCCCUGCUUGUUGAUAAACCCAAGCGUUCAUUCCAAUGCGCCUUAUCGGUUCCGCAUCCGGGAAGACCGCAGCCGCUUGUUCACCAAUACGACUAUGCAAGGAUAUUUUAG